AUGACCUCACAAGACUCCGAGAAUGCAGACCAAGGCAAGAGGUCCCUCUACCAGCGCUAUCAGGACGCCAAAAGAGGCAAACCGAUCCCCGAAGAAGACCUGAAGAAGUACACGGGUAUGUCUAUGGACAGGCUCAAGGACUGGGCCAAGGAUAGGGAUGGCGUGGCGGGCAACCAGGCGGCCGGCAAGCUCAACGCCGGCCCUGCAAGCGGGUUUGCUGGGUAUGAGGCUGCACAUGGGGUCGGCGGGUGGGGAACAGAUGCCAAGGGUGUUUCGAAGUUUCCGCCCCAGGAUUCUAAAUAG